AAACAAAUAUUUAUUGGUAAUGAAACAAAUUAAGGGCAGAAUUUUCUUUUGUCGAGAAAAUGGUAUUUGUUGCCUGUAAGUGUGUCAAUCUGUAGGUAAAUAUAAUUUUAUUUUGCACUGAUGAUGACCUUAAAAGAGGUCGAAAGCUUGGCAGUAACAACUGAAUGUGCUUGUUUCUUCAAGACCAUACUAGAGUGUUCGUUCACUUAUCUUCUUCUACUUCUCUCUCUCUUUUUUUUCCAAUUCACCCCCAGGGGGAUUUUUGUCUUUCGACUUCUUGCACGCGAUGCCGGCUGGAUUAAAGGGGGGGGGAGAAUAAAAAUCCCGUGCGGGACUUCUCGACGCGAGUCUGCGGCCGGAUUUCUCGCCGAGCGAACGGUGAUAUUUUUUUAUGAAAGAAGACCGAACCUAAGGGGGUCGGGGGCCGAAUGGAGUAAAUGGGGUGUAAAAUGAAUGGAACGAGGGGCGAAGGUGGGAGGCGAAAGGGAAAAUCUGAGGUAAAUCCGUCGUCGUUCAGUUGGUAGGCGAAGAGCCGAAGAGGGAGGCGAAGGAGGGCGAUUAUGGCUACGGCGCAUUUCAAAUGCACGAAAAUCCCUCGGACGAACCUCCCCGGUUCAACGGAGAUUCUCGUGUUGUUAAUCGCUUUCCUGUUCCUCCUCGACGGUAAUGUCGACAGGCUCGCUUGAACCAGCCGGUGUUGUGCUCAUUAGAGACGGGAGUUCGUUCACGAGGCGAAUGAGAGAUCGAUAAAGUGAUGUAGGUAGUGGAGGAGUGCCGGAUGAAUGAAUCGAGGAUCGGAGGGAUAUGCGACGGGGACCGUUUGACAAAGUGACGGGCUCACCUUUUUUCAUCUAUUCACGUGAAAUGUAAACAUUUCAGAUAGACUCGAGUAGUACGCACGAGAUGAGGUCGAGGAAGGGGAGAGCCAGAGACUUUUCGGCCCUCCAGCAGCUCACGUCCUGCCCGUAAUAAUAAUAAUCCUCGGCUAAUGGAGAAUCACAAAACUCCCUUCCGUUAUCACCAGUUCUUCACGCGAAGCGACAAUCAAUUUACAGGUAUGCAACUCACCAUUAUUGUAAACAGUGCCAAAACCGAGGAAUACUUGACUGGAUGUCAGAGGAUGGUUUCAAGAUGCCAACUGGGCUAUCAAGUGGAAGCAUUCAUUUGCCUUGGCGAGGCGAGAGUGGAACAGUGUUGUUCGAACACUGGCAGUUUAUCGUCCUAGUCUCGCUUGCCUCAGCUCUCGCCUUAGCUUUUAUUGUCUUAGUUUGGUUGAAGGCUCAGAUGAGCUCACAAGAAAAAAGGUCUAGUGCUGGAGAAGGUGGAGGCGACGAAAUCGAAUCUACUCAGUGGAUCUGUCAUCCUGUCAUCCAACCGACUGUUACGGAACAAUGUGAAUCCCUUCCCCAAGAACAGCAUCCUCCCUGUGCAAGUGCUCAUUCUGUUGUGACUGAAGCGGUUAGUGGUGGGGAAAGCAAAAUGGGUCGUGGGGGUGGUAAAAUCAAAGGACUUCUGGAAAGACGUGGAUCAAGCGCCAGUCUCACAAUAGAUCUAGUCCACCAAGAGAAUAUCGCUGUUACUCCUAUGAGGGAAUGCACAACAGAAGAAUAUCUGCUGUCUGCUAGCAACGUGUUGACUCGCCAGCAGCUACGUUCUUGUCUUAAAGAUGUAAGAGCGAUUCACCGAGAGUUUUGGGACCUUCCCUUGAACCAUCCAGAUAAAAUACUUGUACCUGGGAGUUGGGCAAAAAAUAGGUACAGAACUGUGAUCCCAAAUGAAAACACAAGAGUUCAUCUUCCUACUGAUGAUACUUCUACAGACAAUCUUUCUGGUUAUAUUAAUGCUAAUUAUAUUAAGGGUUAUGAUGUAGAACAGAAGGCUUUUAUAGCUACUCAGGGACCUAUGACAAAUACAGUAAAUGACCUUUGGGAAAUGGUUUGGUCUGAGAGGUCUCCAGUAAUAGUAAUGAUCACUAAGCUCUGGGAAAAAUCUAGGCCUAAGUGUGAGGCUUACCUUCCGACUGAGACAAAUGUGGCUGUGAUGUAUGGUAAGAUGAGCGUUUCGGUGACCAACGUGGUCAACAAAGAUGGCUACACUAUUAGAAAUGUACAGCUUCAAAAAGAUGAAGAGGUCAGGAAACUGUUGCAUUACUGGUUCGACUCUUGGCCUGACCACAAAACACCAGCUAAUGCUCAUUCGCUUUUGAGUUUAGCGAAAGAAGUUGAAACUGCGAGGUUUCAAGGUGUUCCACAAAGACGGCCGUCUGCAGUAUGGUUAAGUGGCCCUCCACCUGUUAAAGAUACAAUCAGCCCUAUAAUUAAUUUUGGGCCCUUAGAAAUUAAAGCGGACGAGGAAGGAGAAACAUUUGGACCAAUGUCUCUAGAUAUAAAUCCCCAAGCGGUAAAUGUAGAAUUGUUAAGGGAUGAAAGCAAAACAAUGAGUUAUGAAUCUAGUCCUAGUAAAAAGAGAACAAAACAGUCAGCAGAUUAUGAAAGAACUGAGCAAAGGCAAGACAAAUGCUUUUUUAAAUCUCCAUUUCCAUCAGAUAGUGUAGUUUUUAAGUUCGGCUCCCCCCAUCGCAUCAAUGAAAGGUCUAAGUCUGAAGAAUCAAGGGAUUCUUCGACUGCUUUUGAUUUUGACAUGCUAGCAGCAACCGCAGAUGAUUCCCUGAGUAAAAAUGCCGACACCGUCCUUUGGAAAUUAGAAAAACUGAGUACAAAUUCGACUGGGAGUUACGAAACUGCUCAGAGUCCAGGUUGGAGUAUUGAUAAAUCUGGAAAGUUAUCUGUGGACAGUCCAAAUUACACUGCAGAGACAAGCCCUUUGACUGGGUCUGAUCGGAGCCCUUUUAGAACUAAUUCAUCAUUCGAUUCUCCGGCGUUUAGUUCCAGUGGAAGCAAAAGGUGGCCAACACAGAGUUCUGGUGACAGUUCUAUAUGGACUGCAAGUGAAGACAGCCCAAUAGAAGGAACAAGUCCAAAAAUGCCUGGUCCAGUUAGCCCAGGUCUCCUUAGCCCUCGAUGGCUCGAAGGCAAUAGAGGUACCCCCGUUGGCCCUGUGAUAGUACAUUGUUCAGCUGGAAUUGGACGAACUGGGUGUUUCAUUGCUAUUUGCAUAGGAGUUAGUCAACUUUUAAGUGAAAACUCUGUUGAUAUACUUGGAAUCGUUUGCAAAAUGAGACAUGACAGAGGAGGAAUGGUACAAACGGCUGAACAGUACGAGUUCAUACACAGAGCUCUAGCAAUGUUUGAACGUUCGCUUCCUGACCAGUCUGGAGAAUGAAAAGGGAAUAAACUGUAAACAUUAUAAAGUAAGGUGUAUAUUGCCUUUAAACAUGUAAUUAACGUGUUUGUUGUGUACACUGUUGCCCUCAUUUGGGAAAAUGUGUCGCCCCUUAUCUUAAGGAUACACUCUUGUUAUUCUUACCCCACUUAAUGUGUGAGGUCGGAUUUAAGAUAUUGGGAGCCCUCAAAAAUUUGAACAAAAACUUUUUCGAGCUGUGGGAACUUAAUAUUAUAAGCACCUACUUAAAAUUUUGUUUGAAAUAUGUGUCAUUGAUGUAUAUCCAAAUAAUAUCUAAAGUUUGAAUAUUAUUUUUAAUUAAUUAAAUUAUUGUUUAAAGGUUAAAACAACAGGGGAAAAAGUUUAAAUAUUGCGGUUUUUUAACAUGAAUAUCUAACAUCAACCGAGAGUAAUUUUUCAAAUUGAUAAACUCGCACAUAUUUUGGGCAUAGAUCACUGCCAGAAAGAAUAAAAUAAAAUACGUAUACCAAAAGUUUAUGAUAUUUUGGAUUAAAAAGACACACUAUACAUGUGGUAUACAUAUUUUUUCUUUUGUUGUUUAACUAUUUCUUCUUCCACAUAAGUGUGACAAAUCAUCUGAUAAGUUUGAAAAAACAAACAUCUAUUUAUUUCUAUUACUUAUUAAUGACAAAGAGAAACGGGUAUCAAAGUUAUGAUCUGAAAGUAAAUACAGUUUGUAAAAAAAGUUAAGUGGAAUAAUCCCAUAAAGUCACAAUUGACAAAUGAAGCAUAAAGAUAAUAAAAUAAACAGAUAAACAAGGGGAUUAGAAGUAAAAUGACUUUUAGUUGAAAUAACUAAAGAGAUGGCCUGAUCACUAUUUUUUCCAUAAUAAUUCUGCAAUAAGGGAACACCACAGGCCAAUACAAUUUUUAAUGUUUAUUUAUUUUCGUAUUUUAUUAUUUAUUUUUUUAUUGUUUUUUAAAUUCAUGGUUCCUCUAUUGAAAUCUGAGUAAAUUAUUGCUUAAAAAAUGUUGAAAUUGUUUUACUAAUCACUUGAAGAGUUAGGUUGAGUACAUGUUCGGAUUGGCCCAGACGCCCUAUUAAUGAUUUUUUUUAAACCAAAUAAAACAUAUAUUUUAUUCUGCUUUUAUACAUAUUGAAAAUUUUACAACUUGUACACAAACCUCAGUGAACGCUACUUUGAAAUGUAGAAUAUUGUGGGCAUAGCAUUAUUGUUAGAAUAAAAUUAUCGAAAAGAAUUUACUCUAUCUUUAAUGUAGUGGAAAUAAUUUAUUACACAUUAUUUUUUAAUAAUUUAUUAACACUUUUUUUUGCUAACACACUAAUCAAUCACUACUAAACACUUUAUUGAAAAGUAGUAUUGUUUAGAAGAGUACAAGGUUUUUAUUGUCGAUUUGUAAUUGUCAGCUUCUUAAUUGCUAACACAUGUGCAAUAUAUUUUUUUUUCUUACAUUUUUAUAUAUAAUGCUCAUAUUAUUCAUGUAAUUAUUGUAUACGAGUUAAAUCUAUAGUAUGCUCAUAUUUAUUUAUAUGCAUCAUAAUUAUUAUAUUCUAGUAAAAUAGGGCUGUAGAAAAAAUGAACAUCCAAGUUAAAAUUUUAACAAAUAUGAAAAUCAUAAGUUUAGAACCAAAUUAUUCAUAUAAUGUCAAUUUCACAUUUUUAAAAGAAAAAUUUGCCUUUCUUCUAAUACUUAAAUAUUGCUUUUUAAUUGGUCAAUAAAAUUUAGUACUUAUCCUAACUCUUCAACUGCUAACUUAAAAAAACAACAAGGAUAAAGUGUCAAGAACUGAAUUCCGUUGGGACAAAUUUAGUCAAAUAACCUAUAAUUCCUAAACCUUUUCUUUGAUUUGUUCAAAUUUUCUAUGUGAAAGUAUUGUCAUUUGUGUUUGGGGGUUUCGAUCAUAAUUAUAAAUAUAAAAACUUAUUACGCUUAUUGUUCAUUAUUUUAAAAAUAUAAAGAUAAUUAUACAGUUUUUGUUUUGUUUCAACAAUAAAUUGUAUUUUCAAUUUUAUGAAAGGAAUUUUUAUGAACUUGUAAAUUAUAUAUUUAUAAUAUUUAUUUGUGUAAAAAGACUUUAAUUAUAAUGUGUUAGUAUGGAAAUUUAGUAUACAAUUAGAAUUAGAAGUUUUGUCUUUUUUGUUUUCUUUAUCAUCAGGAUUUCGGCUAUUCAUUUGUAAAAAAAAAAAAAAACUAGCCGCUUUAUCAAGUCUUGGAGCCC